AGAACUAAACUGACUGACAUUGGGAAGGAUGUGCCAUCUGUGUCAGCGCGCGAAGUAUCAAAAUUCCUUGGUGUGUUCUUCUGACACUGUUAAGAAGGAGCGGGAGGCAAUUAAAACAAUCGAUAGUUAUUUUAAUAUAUAGAAAUAUUACCAUAAGAUACGUUUUUACGCAUGUUAUGUUUGGGAAGAUUUAAGCCAACACGUCCUUGUCUCACGGUUUAAGAAAGAUUUCAUUCUGCGUGUUCAAAUCAGGCGGUCGAAGAUGAGUCUCGUCUCCCAACCUGUUGUGGAUCUCCCAGUGGUAGGCCAAAUCGCAGAGAGUGACUCAGACAGUGGAAUGGGCUCCCCAGUGGAGGAGAUGAUGGUGAAAGAAAUAACUGAAAAUAUCAAUGCUCUCCAAGAUUCAGAUGAUGAAGUCACCAUAAAACGACGGCCUCACUGUCGGAAGGCGUUAAGAGACAGUGACAGUGAGGAGGAGGGGGAGAACGGAGCCGGGAUGGUCGACGCUCUCAUCCUAUCAGCAUCCAGUGGAGAAGACGUGCAUCCUGGGGAGGAAGAGGAGGAGGAGGACAAAAGGGUCAAGAAAGGAGAGGUUAAGAGCAAGAGGAUAUCCCGGCCCCCCGUGGACAGUGAUGAGAGCGAACCAGAAAAAGAGAGUAAUGAGGAUACACCAAAGAGGGUGUUGAAAAAGAAAGGGAAGAACAGGGAGAAGAGUCAGCGACACAAAGCAAAGAAAGAGAAGCACAGCAGGGCUGUUGAGCUUCUGAAGAAAAAAGAGAAAGCUGAGGAGGCCCCCAUGGCCCGGGUGCUGAACGACAGCGGCUGUCUCCUUGGCGACCCUGACCUGUUUGACACGGGUCUGGAGGAGGAAGAGUCUCUGGAUGCCAUCAGAGCAGCGGUGAAGCAGAAGGUCAAAAAGCACAAGGAAGCUCUUCUGGAUGAUGAACCAGAGAGUGGGGAUGAAAAGGAUGAACCCAAACCACAGAGACAAGAGAGAAAGGCAGCCAGAGCCAGCAGGGAGGCCAUCAUGCUGCUCCACAGUGAGACCCAACGUCUAGUCAGAGAGUCGUCCCUGGGACUGCCCUACCACAUGCCUGAGCCCAAGAGCCUCGACCAGUUCUUCAAGAGGAGAGCCCGGCCAGAAGGAUCCGCCAUGGCCCUGCUCAAAUCUACCAAGUACCAUGAUAUGAUACUGGAAACCACCCCAGUCCCUCCACCUUCCAACCCACCCAAUGAGCCUCAACUUGACCCUGCAGAGGAUAACGCCGUCCCGUCCUUCACCCAGGUCCAGACCCUACCUCAGCCGUCUGCCACCUCCUCCCCACAGCAGGAGCACCAUCCAAGGACAAGCGAGCCUGAGACGGGGGGCCCUGUUCUGGAAGUGGCAGAGAUGCCCAAGACAUCCGAGGUAGAUCAUACCAAGCCUGAAUCCACAGAGACGGAGGCUGGGCUUCCAGAGCCAGGCCAGGUGGAAGCAUCUCGUUCCCCAGCCAGGCUGGUGGAGACCGGGGCUGGGGAUGUAGCGAUGCCUGCUGCUGGUGCCAGUGUGGAGGCUGUAGCUCAAGGUCACCACCGGUCCAGGAAGGACCGACUGGCCAAGCUGAGAGAGCUGGGGCUGGACCCCCCACCCAUCCCCAAACUGUGUGCAGACGAGGGGGCCUUUGUUAACCUGCUGGAGCCCCCCCAGCUGGUCAACCCAGGUGUUGAGGCGUUGAAGGAGCGCUAUUUCCGACAUGUGCAUCCUGUGGUCAGGCCUAAGGGAGAGCGCACCGUGCAGGUUGGUCUCAUCCGCAAAGACAGCACCCCCGCUGGCCAGGAGGAGCUGCGCUCGGAUUCUGUCAGUGUCACCAUCAAAGAGGAGGAGGAAGAGGCUGGGAAGGGUGAGAAGCUAGUGAGUCUGCAGUCUCGGCUGUGGAAGGCCAUGACCAUGAGAAGGCAGGAAGAGCGCGCUCGCAAAGCCGCCCUCCAUCGCCUAGACAACGAGGACUGCGGCGAGGAGGAGGAGGAGGAAGAGGAAGAGUUGACCGAGUCUGAGGGCGAAGAGGGUGUGGAUGAGCUGCUGGCGGGUGACGAUGGUGAGGAGGAGCAGCGGGAUGAAGAGGGCGGGGCCAGGGGGGGGAGAAGCCCCUCCCCGGGACUGAAAGUCCGCUCCCCUUUCCCCGACCUGCACAACAUGGACGGAACCCUCAUGCUGUUCGCUGGCAGCUCCUGCUCUCGUACCGGGGAUGGUGUGAGGAGGAUGGGGUCUGGAGGUCAAGAGAGCGACACUAAGACGGAGGAGGACGACUCUCUGUCUCUGGCCAAGGACAACAGCCACAACAGCAGCUUUGAGCUGGCCAGCUCCAUGCUUCCGUCCUACCAGCCAGUCAGCCGGACCACGGCCCGAGGCGUCUCCGGCUACGCCACCUUCCGCUCCCCUUCGCCUUGCCUCUUCAGACCCAGCUUCCUAGGCUCCGCCUCCAAGAGUUCAAGCAAGCUGUCAGAGCCCUCCCUGUCCAUGCCCGUGGAGGACUCCCAGGACCUGUACGCGCCCCCGUCCCCCGGCGAGUCGGGCCCCCAGGGCCGCUUCUCCCUGGAGGAGGACACCCAGUCCCAGCUGCUGGACGCCGACGGCUUCCUCAACGUGGGGCCUCGGCACGGCGCGCCGCGCUCACACAAGCGCCAGCUCCUACUGGACAGCCUGGACGAGAACGCCAUGGACGCCAACAUGGGCGAGCUGCUGGGCCUGUGUUCAGGGGGGUACGGGGGGGGCAGGGGGAGGGCGGCGCUGGGGGGGGAGUCCCAGGAGAAUGAGCUGCUGGGCCUGUGUUCAGGGGCCUUCCCCACACAAGCUGGGGAAGAAGAGAUGGAGGAGAGGAGGAAAGGAGCAGGGGAGGAGGAGAUGGAUAGAGAAAUGGAUCAACUGUUAGGGCUGUGCUCUGGGAGGUUUAACAGUCCAGGUGUGUCCCCUUUCAGACCUGUCUCCAGUCCUGCCAAGCUCACCUUUACAGCCGAGGACAGUGAGAAGAAGUUUAUGGCGAAAGAGGAGGAGGAGGAGGAAGAAGAUUGUGAGUUUCAUCUGCUGUCUGAUAUGGAGAGCCAGAGUGAGCAGGAGGACAGCGAUGAGGAGAAGGAGGAUGAGGAGAAAGGAGAGGAUGAGGAGAAAGAGGAUGAGGAGAACGAGGUGGAGGAGGAAGAGAGACAGGCUGUGUUUGCACCUCACAGAGUCAAAAAGAAGAAAAUUCGCAUGGCAGAGUUUGUGGACUCUGAGGCGGAGCUGUCUGGCAGCGACGUGGGCAGUGACGACGAGGACGGUGACGGAGGGAGCGAGUACGAGGAGGAGGAGCUGCUGGACGAGCUGCCCUCUGACGAGGAGCUACAAGACCAGGUCAACAAGAUCCACAUGAAGCAGGUUCUUGAUGAUGACAAGCGGCGCCUGAGGCUCUACCAGGAGCGUUACCUUGCCGACGGCGACCUGCAUUCAGACGGCCCCGGGCGAGCGCGCCGCUUCCGCUGGAAAAACAUUGAUGAGGGUUUUGACUUGAGCGGGAUGGGAGAGGAGGAAGAGGAGGAUGAGGACGAUGUGGACCAGGCAGAGCUGCAGAGGAGGAAGGAGAGGGCGGAGAGAGAGCAGUGGCUGAGAGAGCAGUCCAAGGUCAAGAGAGGAAGGGCAGCCUUUGAUGCUCAUAACGAUGAAGAGGACAACGAGGAGGAUGAGGAGGAGAUGGGAGAGGAGGACAGCCAGUUCAUGAAGGUGGCCAAAAAGCUGACAGCCAAAAAACUACAGAAGAAAGACACGCCUGUGGUCCCUCAGGCUGAGAAGAGUGCUCUGCUGUUGAAUCCCUUCCAGAGGCCCUCCCAGCCCACCCUGGUGAGGAGGGGGUCCCUGCUGAGCCAGCCCCGCUCUGUGCUCCAGAAACUGGCUUCCAUCUCCGAGGGGAACCCCAUGGCCCCCCGCAGCACCAGGGGCUUCCUCUUCCAGACGCUGUCCCCCGAGAAGGAGGCCAGCUCUGACGCACCCAAGAAACAGGUGAAGAAGCGAGGGCCAGUAGAGAACCUGACCCCGGCAGCCAAGCGUCCCUGCAGAGGGAGCCCAGCCCUGCAGCAGGACAAACCUCCCAGGAGCGUCUUCUCCUUCCUGGAGAACUAAGCUUCUUUGCUGUGACACACACACACACACAGGUGCCAAUAACUACUGCUGGAUCAUCUUUCACUCACACAUUAGUAUACCACACUCUGUCACAAACAGGCAUUGUCCAGUGUGUAUUCAUUCAUCAUAUCUGAGUUUGAAAUUUGCAGUUCAUUCCCAGGCAUUAUCGUUUGUUUUUACCUCAAAUUGAAUAUUUGAUACACAUCCAGGAAAUGUUUCAUCAUGUAAAUAGAAUAGUUGAAGAUUGGUUUUAUACAGUGUAUAUAUAUA